AUGAAGGGACGGGGAAGAGAGCUGCGGAAGUUAUCGUCGUGGUUAUGCUGUGAUUGCGGGAAAGCCAUUGAGCCAAAUUCUGCCAACAUGUGCGUGGAAUGCAUCAGGAGCCGAGUGGACAUCACGGAACACAUCCCCAAACAGAGCAAUCUCCAGUUUUGCAAAUUCUGCGAACGCUAUUUGAACCCACCGAACACUUGGAUGGUGUGUCCGCCUGAAUCACGAGAGCUGUUGACAUUGUGUCUCAAACGCCUGAGGGCUUUGACGAGUGUGCGACUGAUUGACGCCAGUUUUGUCUGGACAGAGCCUCAUUCCAAGAGGAUCAUUGUCAAGUUGGUUGUGCAGAAGGAAGUUUUUGGCGGUGCGGUUUUGCAGCAAGUGUUUAACGUCGAGUAUGUGGUCAACAACCAGAUGUGCGAUGAAUGCAGGCGUGUGGAAAACAAGGAUUUCUGGAAAGCCAGUGUGCAGGUGCGGCAAAAGACUCAUCACAAGAAAACCCUGUACUACUUGGAGCAACUGAUUUUGAAGACAAGUUCUCACUCAGAUUGCGUUGGGAUCAAUCCAGUAGCUGGUGGAAUCGACUUUUUCUUCGCCACAGAAAACCAGGCGCGGAAGAUGGUGGACUUUUUGCUCACAGCUGUCCCUUGCAAGUACAACCACUCGAAGAAACUAAUAUCUCACGACAUCCAUUCCAACACAUACAAUUACAAAUACACUUAUUGUGUGGAUAUCGUGCCUUCAUGUAGAUUGGAUGUGGUUUGUUUACCACCUGCUGUUGCCAAAAGCUGUGGGAGCAUGAACCAAAUAGUUCUGGUAAACCGAGUGAACAAUGUUAUUCAUCUGAUUGAUCCGCAAACUGCUCAGAUUGGGAUAGUGAACGGAGCAUCAUACUACAGGAGCCCCUUUGGGACACUGUGCUCAGCUAAACAGUUGGUGGAAUACGUGGUCAUGGAUGUGGAGUUGCUGCAGUUCAGUGACUUGCCAACAGCUGCUGGGUUGGGCAAAUGUUCAGGUAGUCACGCCGUGGCCGACGUUUUUGUGGUCAGGUCGAAUGAGUUGGGCCUGGCUGAACCCCUGCACAUUAGAUCCCAUUUGGGCAGCAUUUUGAAACCCGGGGACACGGUUUUGGGUUAUGAUUUGAAAAAUGCCAACGUCAACGACCCACAUUUUGACAAGAUGAAUCCCGACAAAAUACCGAGUGUUGUACUGGUGAAGAAAGUCUAUGCGUCUGAUGCGACGAAAGGGAGUAGAAGAGCCUGGAAACUCAAGCGUCUGCAAGAAGCUGAAACUGCUAGUGUUGGCAGCAGUGGAAUGGACCAGGACUUCGUGGAUUUCAUGGAUGACCUGGAAGCAGACCCAGUGAUGCGACAAGGGGUCAACAUUUACAAGAACCCGAAAUUCAAGCCUCGAGAAAAGCCAAGUGUAGUUGAAGGGGAUGAGGAACAAGGUCCUACCAUCAGUCUUGAAGAAAUGCUGGAUGAACUCACGUUGGAUGAUGAUCCCAUGGGGCAAUGAACGUUUUUUUGCGGGAUAAAUGGUCGCUAUUGGGA